GAGGGGAGGGGAGAGGAGGGGAAAAGCUGCUCCAGGCACAUUGAACGCUCUGUUACCAAACAGCUGGUCAACGCCACAGAGGUGGUGCACGAUCAGCCACACAGGUACCUACAUACAUACCCACCUGCAGCUAUGUAUGGAUUCAUUAACACCUGUCUGAAAUCUUUGGUAGUGGAAAAGUUUGGUGAAGAAACAUGGGAAAAAUUGAGGGCACAAGCCGAUGUUGAGGACACAUUCAUGACUUACCAAAUUUAUGAUGAUGCCAUCACCCUCAGGCUUGUCCAUGAAGCCUGUAAAAUUCUAGGUGCAUCUUCUGAAAGUAUUCUGAAACUUUUUGGGGAAUAUUUCUUUAGUUUCUGUAAGAUGUCCGGUUAUGACCGGAUGCUACACACACUGGGAGGAUCGCUGAUGGAAUUUAUUGAAAAUUUGGAUGCACUCCACAGUUUCCUCUCACUAACAUAUCAGGAAAUGAAUGCACCGUCUUUUCGUGCAGAAAAAGGAGAAGACGGAAGAAUGCUGCUUCAUUACUAUUCUGACAGAAAAGGGCUUUGUCAUAUUGUUCCAGGGAUAAUAGAAGCUGUAGCAAAAGAAUUCUUCAACAGUGAAGUGGAGAUGGAAAUUCUUAACCAAUUGGAAGAAGAAGAACGCACAGGAAAGAAGGAACAUGUUGUUUUUCUGGUUGUACAAAAGAAACUUCCGCCACAGCUAAAAACACAGUACAAAGGCAAACCAUUGGACCAUAAGAUUGAGAAGGCCACGAAUAACAUGAAGGAGAACUAUGUUGCAUUACCUGAUUGCCCAGUGAAGAGAACACAUUGGGAAAUUGUAAGAAGUAUUGUCAAAUUUGGUAAAGGUAACUUGCUGAGUAUCUUUCAGCCAGUUUAUCCUGAGAAUCUUUGGAUAGAUACAAAAGCUUUCUGCAACACAUUUCCUUUCCAUAUUGUCUUCGACAAAGAGCUGAAAGUGAAACAGGCAGGAAUUAAUAUUCAGAAGUACGUCCCAGGAUUACAAACCAUGAACGUUCAGAUUGAUAAUUAUUUCACUGUUACCCACCCAGAAGUGACAUUUACAAUUAGCAGCAUAAGAAAGUUUAUCAACAGUCCAUUUGUCUUGAAAACGCGAAGAGAAAUGAUGCCUGGAUUUUCGAAAACCACACCAAUGCUGGAACUCCGAGGGCAAAUGGUGUGGAUGGAGUCCAUGCAGUGUAUGCUUUACCUGUGUUCGCCAAAACUCUGUAGUCUCCACGAACUGGAGGAGAGAAAGAUGCACAUCGCUGACAUUGCUCUGCAUGACACAACCCGUGACCUGAUCCUCCUGAAUCAGCAGCGGCUGGCUGAGAUUGAGCUCUCCAAUCAACUGGAGCGCAAGAAAGAGGAGCUGAGGAUUCUGUCCAAGAACCUUGAGACUGAAAAACAGAAAACCGAGACUCUGCUGUAUGCUAUGCUACCGGAGCAUGUUGCUCAUCAGCUCAAGGAAGGCAAGAAGGUAGAAGCAGGAGAGUUUAAAGAAUGCACCAUCCUCUUCAGUGAUGUAGUGACUUUUACCAAUAUAUGUGCAGAAUGUGAACCUAUCCAAAUUGUUCACAUGUUAAACUCCAUGUACUCCAUAUUUGAUCGGCUAACUACUGUUCAUGAUGUUUACAAAGUUGAAACCAUUGGGGAUUCCUACAUGGUAGUUGGAGGUGUUCCCAUUCCUGUUAAAAGCCAUGCAGAGAAAGUCGCUAACUUUGCCUUGGGUAUGAGAAUCGCUACCCGAAAAGUGAUCAAUCCAAUCACUGGUGACCCUAUUCAGAUCCGAGUUGGCAUACACACCGGACCAGUGUUGGCUGGAGUAGUUGGAGAAAAGAUGCCGAGAUACUGUCUGUUUGGUGAUACAGUUAAUACUGCUUCAAGGAUGGAAAGCCAUGGAGUACCAGACAAGAUCCAUCUCAGUCCUACAGCAUACAAAGCCCUGCAGCACAAAGGCUUUAAAAUAUUGCCACGGGAAGAAAUUGAAGUCAAAGGCAAAGGAAAAAUGUUAACUUAUUUCCUGAUCCACAACUUGCAUGCCACUGAAGAUGCCAUCAUGGGUAGUCCAACACAAGGCAAUGGAAGAGAUUUGGCUCAGCCAACUGAUGAAAACAUUGAGAAACCUGACCACAACGAAACCAAUGGAUUCCAAAGUAACAGUGGCCCAGGUACCAUUGCAAUUUCCAGAGGAGAAAACGCAGAAGGAGCGGGACUGGACCUGAACAAUAAGGAGCCUGUCCACACAAGAAGCACAAACUCAAAGUUAUGUGUUAUAUUAUAAACUGAAUACAAAACUGUAAUAUACAAAUG